AUGCAAACGUUCCGAAGCCUGAAGUCAGGCGAAGAGCUUCCAGACUUUUGUCAAACAAGACCAGUGCAGUGUACAGCCCUUGCCUGGCAUCCCAACUCCAAGGUGCUCGCUGCAGGAUGGGAGGACGGUGCGGUGACUUUUAGCGGGCCUGCCUGCAGCAGUGCUCGAGACGAUCGGGAAGUCCAUAGAGACUCCCGCAUCAUGAGCAUCACCUUCAAUCCGCAUGGCACCAGAUGCGUGACCACGGACAACAACGGCGUUGUCGGAGUCUGGAAAACCGACAUGAGAGGUUUGUGCAACCAGAUGUGCCACUACAGGAAAACUGGUGCACAUGACAAAGUGAUUUUCCGAACCAUGACACCAUCAGGCGAGCCAAACCUGGACAACCCGCCCUUCUUCUUCGGUGGUGAGCAAGGUAUCAUCUAUCUUGCUGAUGAUUUUGGCCUUUGCUCUGAACGGUACAAGAUCGGUUCGCCGCUGCUGUUGCUGGAGUACUAUCGCGAGAAGGAUGUGGUCGUUCUUGUCACGACGAAUGUGAUCCUCGUCCAGUUCUCGCUCUCUGCAGACGGGAAGGUCUCCAACGAGUCCAAGCUGAAGCUCUCUUGCGGGCCAAGCCCCGAAAAGCUUCAAGGCUGCUGGGCGCGCACGCUGGUGGCAAGUGCAGGUGCUGUAGAGUCUACCGAUGUCUACCGCGAUCCCUCUGGGCGGGCUUGCCUCCUGUGCAGUGGAGCCGGGGCUGAGCAGGGAUUGAGUCGACUCUGUGAGGAGGCUUGGUGUAUGAAAGACGAUGCAGCAAGCAGCGCGGUCAUUGCGGUUGAUGUGACCCGGGAAGAUGCGGAGUCUCCCGUUCUAGCAGAGCGUUCUGGCGAGAACGAGGAGCAGGAUGAAGGCUCCGAGAUCGAAGAGGAAGUUGGAAAGGCCGGGCUCUGUUUUGCCGCGGGGCCGUGGCUUCCUUGCGAGACGGCUGUGGGGUACUUCCCGGGAAAUCUCGACGAGACGCCGACGAGUGCCAGAAAUGGCUACCUCACCGAAAGGUCUGACCGGUUCUCCAUGCUCUCGGUUGCAGACGAUGCUGCGAUGCCGGAAUCUUUGCCGAUUCUGCUUGUGUUGUUUGCAUGUAUCAUUGCAGCGCUGUUGGGAGCCCUUGUGGCCGGUCUCCACACCAUGAUCAAAUACGUCGGCUGUCCGCUUGGGACAAACGGCUGCAACAGCUUUUCAGGCUACGAGUAUGAAAAGAAGGGCUUCCUGUUGAUCAAAGCCCUGGACGGACAUGUUCCCGAAGCCGCUAUCAAUGUCCUGAUGGCGAUGGUUUGCAUGUUGGCAAUCGGUAUAGUCGCGGAUGUGUUCCCUGAGCGCUAUGGGAAACAGGUCCUCGGAGGCGGCACAGUGCAAUCGCUUCUGGCGGUUGCUGCUGGCAUUCCCAUAGCCUUCAGAUGUGCAGCUCUCCGGGUUGUGAUCAUGGCAUUGUACUUCGCUGGGGGAGGCACCAUGGGCGGAGAUGGGCCUACAAUCCAGGUUUGCACUGCAGUGGCUGGUAUGAUCGGAUGGGUAUGCGGAAUUCGAGCCCCGCGAACGCAGUCCCUUCUAGCAUCGUUGGGCUUUUGCUGCGGCUUCGCCUCGAGCUUCAAUGCUCCGCUCUCCGGGAUCCUUUUUGCCAUGGAGGAGCUCUCGCACGUGUCGUCACGCUUGACGACUCGUGUGAUUUGCAUCAUCCUGAUUGGUUCCAUCGUCUCCACGGCAGUCAUGCGUGGACUCCUUGAGAACAAGGUGUUGUUCAAGGCGGCCUACCCAGACAAUCUCGAAGACAUGGUGGCAGGGGGAUCGAUUGAAACAAUCUUUGGAAAGAGCAUGUGGAUGCUAGUGUCCAUUGCCAUUGGCUUGCUCUGCGCGUUUGUCGGAUAUAUUUUUCACAAGGGUUUCGCCUUCACCCACUGGCUCCUCACGAAAAAGGUUUAUGAAUGCUGCCCAAGAUAUUUGGUCUUUAUGAUCCUGGGUGGGAUGACUGCGGGUAUUGGAGCCUUGGUCUUCCACCUCACAGGUCUUCGUGGUGUUUGGGGAAUCGGCGUCAAGGAUCUGGGCGAAGUCCUUGUGCAGAACCCAAACAUACAGGCCAUCGAUUUGUUGAUUUUCGCCCUUGGCAAGCUCGGGGCUUUCAUGCUUGGGGUCUCCGCGCGCUUCCCGGGCGACACCUUGGAGCCCGUCUUGAUCUCUGGUGGGUUUAUCGGAGGCUUCGUGGGGAAGGUUCUGCCUGACUCCGUGCUAGGGGAGGAGGCCAAUGCCGCCUGCGAGAUCUUUGGCAUGGUGGGGCUCUUUGCGAGCUGCUUCAGAUUUCCCUUGACUCCGGUGGUCAUAGUGCUCGAGCUGACGGGGACCCGCACCUACAACAUCAUCUUGCCCGUGGCCUUAUCAUCUUUCACGGCCCUGGCGGUCUCCAACCAUCUCUUCCCUCCCAUCCUGGAGCAGAUCCUGCAUCAGGAUGGCAUUGACCUGGAAGCAGUUGCCGAACUGGCUGAGUUUGCUGACGAUGAAGAGCUCAGCAUGCGAGAUUUCGAGGAGGCAGAAGCCCGAAGUGUGGGAAGCCACAACGAGAAGCAGAUGGAGGGCGAAGCCUCCCAAGAUGGAUCGCACUUCGAGACGAAGAGGACGAAUUCGAUGGAAUCGUGGGGACAGCGGGCUGGUCGCCAUUCGACCUUCCAGGUUGUCAUCGGAAAACUGGAGGAAAACAUGUUUGAUGUCUCCUCCCACGACCGCACGGAUCGACGACGUGCCUCCGUCAUGGAGCAGGAUGACUCGAGUGCCCUUGCCUUGAUCUUGCGGCCCAGGAAUCCGCAGAUUCUCUAUGACUUCCAGUGGUGUACGUUCCGAAGAGCUGCAUGCUUUGGAAAGGACUCUCUGGCCAAGACAUGCAAAAGAGAUACUCGCACUCCUCCAGUGCCAGCAGCAGGAGAAGGGCCAGCCAGGCCAGCAGCCACGGCGGUCACGGCGGUCAUCAUGGCCACGGCCAUGGCGGCCACGGCGGCCACGGCGGCCACGGCGGCCACGGCGGCCACGGCCACGGCCACGGGCACGGCCAUUCCGGGAGGAGGCCGGGACCCGCGACGCGACACCUCGCCCCUUGUCACGGCCACCGAAGCGCAGGAACUCGCAAAGAGGUCGGAGGGCGUCAGGUCGAAGGAUCUCCGCCCGGAGCCCUUCGAGUCGCUCGGCAAAAAGUUAUGGAAUCUGGCCGAUGAUGAAAACUACAUUCUCACGCUACAGGGCAUUGAUGAGCGCAACAGCCUCAGCGGGGACAAGGUGACCAGCAUUGACUACAACCCUCGAAAGCAGGUGCUGGCUUGUGGCACUCGGGGAGGGCGCAUGGUGCAGUGGCGCUGUUGCACACUUUCUGGCACUCCGAAGACCGAGUCCAACUGGCAGGUGCUCCCUGUCAUCAGCGUAAGCGACUGCACCAUCGACAAGCUGACCUGGGGUCCCGGGGAAAGCCUCGUCCAUGUCAGGACAGAUCGCCAGAGCGUCAUUCUCUCCGAGGCCCAGCUCAACACCGCCUUCCAAGCACCUAUCAUGGCGGUUCAAACAGCCCCGGCGGAGAUCAUGGUCUAUCACACGGAGAAGCAGAUGCAGAUUGGCCUAAGCUCGCCCUUCCGCGUCAAGGGUGUCAGCGUGGGCGGAAGCACGAUUCUCCUGUGGAACAGCAAGCAGAUCAUGCUGUACGACGUCGAUGUCACAAUGCAAGCCUCGGUCUUGAGUCAGUUCACUCGAUCCUACGACAUCGUGGCUGCGGCCCUCUUCUGCCAAAGCCAUGAUCGCGUGGUGGCCAUGGCCAGUGGCGCGAAAAUCGAAUUCGCAAACAAGCAAGGUCACGUGCAGAAAACGAUCCAGUUCUCUGAGGAGGUGGAAGGCUUUCCUACUUGCCUGGAUGUCUGCGGUGAUUUCUUGGUGGCGUCCACCUCUCUAAACUUCAUCAAGGUAUGGAAGGUUUCCCAGGACAAGCCAAAGCCGAUAGGUGCUCCGAGGAAGUUCGAAGGACUCGAGGAGCGGUCGCUCGGCGAAAUCAGGUCAGUGCGCAUCAACAAGACGGGAACUCGAGUGUCGAUGCUCGUGGACCAGAGGCUUGGUGCCAACGGCCAGCCAACAGAGGGCGGCGCCCUGCGGGUACCUGAUGGACGCAUGUUCGUGUACGACACGGACUCCGACAACUUCCUCACGUACACGGUUGGCAAAAGCAGUGUCCCCGUAGCUCACUUCUGGGACGCUUCGGACGGUCGGCUUCUGUGCUGUGAAGUCGUGCCGCAGGCCCUCGCGUACGACGGAGAGGCACAGCCUCCCGGGAGUCCCACAGCCGGGGGCACCCGAGAGGAGGACGAGGCCAAGAACCAGCCACAGCAUUGUGCGAUGACCUUGUUCGUCGCGAACUCCGAACAAAUCCACCUGCAGGACAGCAUUCCCUGCGUGGAUCCGGACCACAGCGUCACUCAGAUGCCUGUGGCGCUGAUGGUGCCUCACGUCUACUUUGCCCGGCAAGGGGAGGCAGCCGCAGAGACUUCUCCGGAGGAGCCAGCCGCUUCUUUGAUCAGCCGGACGGUGCUUAGAGACUUUGCUGGUCUGGAGAACAUGGACGAAGAGACCACCGCGGCUAUGCUCAACUUCUCGUACCACCUGGCCUGUGGAAACACGGAUGAGGCAUACAAGAGCGUGAAAGGUGUGCGCUCCACAGGGGUCUGGGAGAGCAUGUCCAAGAUGUGCGUGAAGACAGGCCGUUUGGAUGUGGCCCAGAAGUGCUUGGGGCAGAUGGGCCACGCCCGUGCAGCUGGGGCGCUCCGUGCUUGCUUGGAACAGGAGCCCGAGGCACGAUUAGCAAUCGUCGCCGUACACUUGGACAUGGUCGACCAUGCAGAACAGUUGCUGAAGAAGUGUGGAAGGUAUGACCUGCUCAAUCAGCUGUACCAGGCUUGUGGCUCGUGGGAGAAGGCCUUGGAGAUUGCAAAGACCAAGGAUCGUAUUCAUCUCAAGCCGACCCACUUUGCAUAUGCGCAGCACUUGGAGGCUGUGGAGGACGUGCAAGGGGCGCUGACUCAUUAUGAGCUCUCCGGCACCUAUCGCACCGAGUCCCCACGUCUGCUCUGCUCCAUGGGCAUGACGGAGGACCUCGGCAGCUACGUCGAGCAGAGCGAUGACUCGCAGCUGCACAGAUGGUAUGCUCAGUACUUGGAGUCAAAGGCGGAUCUCGAUGGCGCUUCGCGAGAAUACAAGAAGGCCGGGGACUGGCUGAGCCUCUGCCGGGUCGCUUGCUUCAACGAGGAUCUCGAAAGCGCACAAAGAAUUUGCGAGGACUCGCAGGACCAAGCAGCCUGCUACCACCUCGCAAGACAUUUGGAGGCCGGGGGCAGCUUCAAAGAGGCCAUACACUACUUCCAGAUGGCCGGACGAGUGGGGCAUGCGCUGCGACUGGCCCAGGAGAACAACUUCGAUGGAGACCUGAUGAGCCUGGCACUCUCUGCAGAUCCUCAGAGCAUGGCUCAGGCUGCCAAGUACUACGAGCAGCGUGGGCAGCCUCAGAAAGCAGUCAUCCUCUACCAAAAGGCCGGCCAGCAAAAGAGGGCGCUGGAGCUCUGCUUCUCGGCGCGACUCUUUGAUGCACUGCGCAAGAUCGCAGAUGAUCUCAGUGCGGAGAGCGAUCCAGCCAUACUUGCGAAAUGCGCGGAGUUCUUCAUGCAGCACGAGCAGCACGACAAAGCGGUCCACCUGCUGUCUAUCUCCAAGCAGUAUGACCGAGCGGUGCAGCUUUGCACAGAGCACGACGUCCACAUCACUGAGGACAUGGCAGAGCGGAUGACCCCGGACAAAGGAAGUAUGGACGCGACUUCCAGGUCAGAGAUUUUGCAGGACAUUGGCAAGCUCUGCAAGAAGCAGGGGUCCUUCCAGCUUGCCUGCAAAAAGUUCACACAGGCUGGCGACAAGCUCAAGGCGAUGAAGAGUUUGCUCAACAGUGGUGACACGGAGAAGAUCAUCUUCUUUGCUGGCACUGCGCGGCAGCCAGACAUCUACGUCUUGGCAGGGAACUACUUGCAGAGCCUGGACUGGCAUGCUGAUCCGGACAUCAUGAAGAAUAUCAUUCAGUUCUACAGCAAAGCCAAGGCCUACGACAAGUUGGCGUCCUUCUACGAUGCCUGUGCUCAGGUAGAGAUUGACGAGUACAGAGACUACGAGAAGGCUGGAGGUGCGCUUCGAGAGGCCUUGAAGUACAUGGCCAAGGCUGCUGGCGACACUGCAGAAAGCGACGAGCGAGUGAUAUCUCUGCAGAGUCGGAUCGCUCUUGUCGAUGAGUUUGCAGGCGUGAGGAAAAUGGCCAAAACCGAACCAGAUCAAAUGGUUGCGGUCUGUGAGAGGAUGGUGAGCACGCCAAACAUAGACAGCGCUGUCAGAACUGGCGACAUUUUCGCACAGCUUGUGGAGUACUACACUGACUUCAAUGAUUACAACUCUGCAUACAGGACGGUGGAGCGAAUGAGAGAGCACGGCAUUGUGCUCACACCGUACCUGGACAGGGCCCUGCUCGAACGCAUCUACGGUGCUGUUGGACAGCCACUGCCCGAGUCGGAAGCAGCUCCUGCUGCGCCCGCCGCCGAUGGCGAGGACGUGGAUGAGGACAUCGCGGAGGAAGAUUGA